GCUGAGCCCCGAACCUGAGGCCGCCGGAAUUCCCUCCUGUUCUCGUCCAGAGUGGCGCCCCCACCUCCCCGGAACCCGCGGGUCGGCCCUUGCGGUUCCGGGCGGAAUGACUCGGCGGUGCACGCUGAUAUGGCUGCGCUGGUAGUGAGGGGUGUGCCGGGCGUGCUGAAGCGUGCGCACUUCGCGACCAUCCCGCGGAGACAUCGACAUAAGAAGAAAUGGGCUGCCACAGAGCCCAAAUUUCCUGCCACUCAACUGGCUCUGCAGAAUUUUGACAUGACCUACAGUGUGCAAUUUGGUGAUCUUUGGCCAUCCAUCCGGGUCAGUCUCCUUUCAGAGCAGAAGUAUGGUGCACUGGUCAAUAACUUUGCUGCCUGGGAUCAUGUGAGUGGAAAGCUGGAGAAGCUGAGUGCCAGGGACUUUGUGAAUGACUCCAUCUCCUAUGGGGAACUGGAGCCUGAGAGUGGCCAAACUGCAACUCCAUCCCUAGCCUCUGGGACCUGCAGCCCGAACCUUCGAUGCUUCACUUUCACCAGAGGGGAUGUCAGCCGGUUCCCCCCUGCCAGGCUUGGCAGCCUGGGUGUCAUGGACUACUACCUGAUGGAUGCUGCUUCCUUGCUGCCUGUCUUGGCCCUUGGCCUGCAGUCUGGUGACACUGUGCUUGACUUAUGUGCGGCCCCUGGGGGAAAGACACUAGCACUGCUUCAGACUGGCUGUUGCCGCAAUCUCGCUGCCAAUGAUCUGUCCACUUCUCGAACAGUCAGACUACAGAAGGUUCUUCACAGCUAUGUGCCUCAAGAUAUCAGGGAUAGGAAUCGAGUUCGAGUCACCUCAUGGGAUGGCAGGAAGUGGGGAGAACUGGAGGGGGACACCUAUGACCGGGUGCUGGUGGAUGUGCCCUGUACCACAGACCGCCACUCCCUUCAUGAGGAGGAGAACAACAUCUUUCAGCGGUCGAGGAAGAAGGAGCGGCAGAUGUUGCCUAUGCUUCAAAUGCAGCUGCUCGCGGCUGGACUCCUUGCCACCAAACCAGGAGGCCACGUUGUCUAUUCCACCUGCUCACUCUCACAUUUACAGAACGAGUAUGUGGUGCAAGGCACCAUCGAGUUCCUGGCCAAUCAAUACAGCAUCAAGGUUCAGGUGGAAGACCUGAGUCACUUCCGAAAGCUUUUCAUGGACACAUUUUCUUUCUUCCCAUCCUGCCAGGUUGGGGAACUGGUAAUCCCAAACCUCUUGGCCAAUUUUGGGCCUAUGUACUUUUGCAAAAUGUGUAGGCUGACAUAGCAUCACCUGGUUCCCGAAGUCCUGGGGUAGGAAGGUAAAGGGUAUACUUCCAUAGAGGCACCAGAAACCAAGACCAGUGGCAAAGAUGCACUCUGGGUCCUAUCUCCAUCAUGUUCAAGUCUUUGUGUAGACAAUUCUCAGCAUUAGAAAGUAGGAGUUUUUCUGUCCUGCUGUCCAAUUAUGGAGCAUCAGCAGGUUUCUCACUCACUUAUUGUACCCCCUUCCCCCAUUUCUAAGCCUGUGCUAAAGGUUCCUGCCCGAUUAGGGGCUUAGGAGGAAGAGGAGCCAGUGAGCAGGCCCACACUUUAAGCUGUAAACUUGGGGAGAAGCAUUUAGCCAAUAAAAUUAUUGAAGUUCCAUAGAGCUGGGGCUGUAGUUGGGGCCUCAUGUCAGUUCAAGUACUGUUAGUUCCAUUUGUACCAGCUGCUGCUACUGAGCACUAGCUCCUAGGGGUCCAAAGCCCAGGAACUCAGCCUGGUUACAGACCUCUGGUUACAGAGCACCUCUCCCAUUUGAAGUGAGUUCUGUGUGAUCAGUCUUCAGCAGCCAAUGGGCCCAAACAAGCCUCCCUAAUUUCUUCAGAUGGCCCAUGAUCUAAUUUAAGGAACAAGCAACUAAAAACGUUAAGCCAAUGCAUGAUAAUCUGCUUACUUAUACCGAGAAAGCUCUCCCGAGCUGCACAAUGGAAGCCACUCCUCCUGCUGUCCACAGCACUGCUGCCCAAGGUGGCUGGGGAAGCUGCUUCUGCCACAGGGCUGUGCUCCUCUUCUGUGUGUUUCUCCCAUUGUUCAUCAUCUAGCAAGUGUUCCUUGAGCUCCUGUGUGACACCUCAGCCAGGGAGCUGUUGGAGGUGUAGCAGUUGGGACUGUGGGAGGUGAGACCCCCUCAUCCUUCUUCAUGCAGCUCUCCUUUUGCUUUCUGAGCACCUCAGCAGCUCCUAGUAUCUUCUGUUAUGCUUUUGGUUUUGUUUUUCUUGUUCCUGGUCUGUGGCCAAGCUCUGGUUUCCAUUGUUCGGCCCACCCCCAAAUCCCUGAGCUCUUCCCCAGUGUCACAGGGCCUCAUCUUCCAGAGUGUAUGAAGUUUGGGUCGAUAUUACAUCACUGCUGACUGCA